GCCGCGCGGCGGGCGCGCGCGGAGCCGCAGAUUAGCAGGUGACGUGCGGGAUUUGCGCACCAGAUUAUUCCUGCCAGAGGAACGUCGGGAUGCGAUGCUGAAUCAAUGUCACACCGAUCAUUAUGCAACUUUUUUUUCGUUUAGUACCAAGACAGUGUAUUGGCAGUGAGUGAUCGCGGUGUGCGCGUGUGGCGGCUGCGCUCACGGAGUUGUCGCGUUUGGCAACGGAGGAGAGUCGAUAUAGUCGGGAAAGGGCCGGUCUUCCGGAGAGCUCCGUAGGAGGAGUCAUGGGAGUAACCUUCUCGCAGAAAUCCAGGUGGACGUCAGAUCGCUCCGCAUAAGAGCAGCUCGCGGCUGAGCAUCGCCGCGUGCGCGCGCACCGACAUGAAGAAGGCUUUGCUGAAGCGAGCCAAGGUCGUCCCGUGGCUCGCCAACGUGACCUUGUACGGGUGCCUGUUCGCCGGGGGGGACUUCGCGCACCAGUGCGUGGCGCAGAGGGAUCGCAUCGACUGGCGGCACACGCGCGACGUGGCCCUCGUGGCCGUCGCCUUCCACGGAAACUUCAACUACUUCUGGCAGCGAGGCCUGGAGCGGCGCUUCCCGGGCAAGUCCAUGGGCAUGGUGCUCCGCAAGCUGCUCCUGGACCAGACCAUCGCCUCGCCCGUGGCCACCACUGUCUUCUACACGGGGGUGAGCUUCUUAGAGGGCAAGGAGGACGUUCUGCAGGACUGGAGGGACAAGUUCCUCAACACCUACAAGACUGGACUAAUGUACUGGCCCUUUGCACAGUUCCUCAACUUUGUGCUGAUGCCCCUGUACCUGCGCACCAUUUUCAUGGGCUGCUGCGCUUUCCUGUGGGCGGCCUUCCUGUGCUUCUCACGCCAGAGCGGCGACGGAACAGCCGCCGUGGCCCUGGCCUGGAUCCUCGCCCCCAGGAAGCAGCUUCAGGCCCCGGAGUCGAGCAAGGAAAAGUGACCAUGGGGUGGGAUGGGUGGCAUCCGAGGCGCCCCGCGGCCGUGCCUUCGUUUACCUGUCCUUCCUGUGCAGGUGCAUGGGCGGUACACUCUACUGGCACGACGGGCACCGAACCUUUAGACGCAUGAACACCUUAUUAUAUUUAAAUGUGAAACUUGUAUUUAUAUAUUUAUUUAAAUAAUUCUUACGAUUAAUUAAACAAAAUGAACAUGUUUUCAUAUCGCACCUUCCUUGCCGCUGCAGGAUAAAUGACUUCACUAGUUCUUCAAAAAGUGGAACUAUGUCAUUUCACAGCUGGCUGAAGAACUGAAAACUUGAUCAGUCACUUGAAAAGUUUCUUUACUCGCAGACAAGCGACUGCCACCAAACUUUACUUGAAAUAAAAGAGGCAGAAUCUAAACUUAAGUGACAUUUAAGCGUUUGUUCCUUAAGUAGUUCGGAUGUGGUUUUUAAACUGCAAUGUGGUGCAUUUGUUUAAAUAUAGGUUAUGGAAUAAA